UUCUUGAGAUGGAAUCUACUCCUGGUAAAGAUACUGUGACAGUUGUUGAAAUGACAAGAAAGGAUUUAGAGUAUUACAUAAACUCAGUUGAUAAAGCAGUGGCAGGGUUUGAGAAGAUUGAUUCCAAUUUUGAGAGAAGUUCUCCUGGGGUCAGAUGCUGUCAAAUAGUAUCACGUACUACAGAGAAAUCGUUCCUGAAAGGAAGAGUUGAUCAAUGCUGCAAAUUUCAUUGUCUGAUUUUAUAUAAUUGCCACAGCCACCCCAGCCUUCAGCAACCACCACCCUGCUCAGUCAGUGACCAUCAACAUCAAGGCAUGAACCUCCACCAGCAAAAAGAUUACUACUCACUGAAAGCUCAGACAAUGAUGGAGAAGAGAAAACCUAUGGCGGCUGUGAAGGCCCCGAUGCCAUGUAUGUCAAAUUGAUAUCUUCGGAUGGUCAUGAAUUUAUUGUAAAAAGAGAACACGCACUAACAUCUGGAACAAUAAAAGCCAUGUUGAGUGGCCCAGGUCAGUUUGCUGAGAAUGAAACUAAUGAAGUCAAUUUUAGAGAGAUCCCUUCACAUGUGCUAUCAAAAGUAUGCAUGUAUUUUACCUACAAGGUUCGCUACACUAACAGCUCCACGGAGAUUCCUGAAUUCCCAAUUGCACCUGAAAUUGCACUGGAACUGCUGAUGGCUGCGAACUUCCUAGAUUGUUAAAUAAAAUAAAUUAUAAUAAACUGUUAACUUUUUUCAGUAUUUAAUACCUGUAGUUCAGUUAGUAAUUUUUUCAUAUAUAGCAUGUUGCCUGUGUGCAGUUGAACUUUAAAGUUCAUUGCAAAGCAGAUUAUCUUCUGUUCUUUUGCAUAGCAAUCAGAGUUGAAAUUUGUUUGCUACAUCAACAAAUUGAGGACAUUUUCACAAAUUGAGAAAUAAACAAAUAUGCCAAUUCGUA